AUGGUGUCUAAUUUUGGGUUUGGAGAGAAAUGGUUAGGGUGGAUUAAGGAAUGUCUAUCCUCAUCUAGAAUAUCAGUUUUGGUGAAUGGGUCACCCACUGAAGAGUUUUCACCGCAAAGAGGGUUAAGACAAGGUGACCCACUCUCACCUUUCCUAUUUUAUUUGGUGGCUGAGGGGUUAAAUUUGCUUCUAAAUAGAGCUAAGAUGUUGGGGUUGGUUAAAGGAGCUUUGAUUGGGUCUAAUGGUAUGAGCAUCUCACAUUUGCAGUUUGCGGACAAUACUAUAAUUUUCAGCGAGGCAGAUUUGAAGGAGCUGCUAUUGAUUAAAAGGAUAUUAAGGGGAGUUAAUCCUAGGAGGAAGUCCGCAUGGCAGCCCGUGGUUGAUAAAGUUAGGAAGAGGCUGUCUCUUUGGAAGAGGAAGAUGUUGUCUUUUGCAGGUCGACUGACUUUGAUUAAGGCAGUAGUUGCCUAUUUACCAUCAGAUUAUAUUUCUAUAUUUAAGAUACCUAAGGGUGUAGCGAAGACAAUUGAUAAGUUGCAGGCAAUGUUUCUCUGGGGAAGCAGUGAGGUUAAGAGGAAAGUGCAUUUGGUGACAUGGCAGGAGCUUAUUAAGCCCAAAAGCAAG